AUGACAGCCCUGGCCUCUGUCACCUCUUCGGCCAACGGCGAAGCCAAGGCCAUGCUCCUGCUCUCAGUUUUGCUGCUCCUGUCCCAAGCCAAGGGUGCACAUCCCGAAUGUGGGGAAAGACCCAUUUUCGAGGCAGGACCUCAGUAUUCCAGAAUCACAGAGGGGAUGGAGGCUGAGGUGGGUGAGUUCCCGUGGCUGGUGAGUAUUCAGGCAGGAAACGAACACUUUUGUGGCGGCACGAUCAUCGACGAGUGGUGGAUUGUGACUGCUGCUCACUGCUUAUAUAGUGGGGACCUAGAACCGAAAGACCUGAGUGUUGUGCUGGGAACCAGCGACUUACAGAGCCCAUCCCUGGAAAUAAAGGGGGUCACCAGCAUAGUUCUUCACAAGGACUUUGAACGAUCCAACAUGAACAAUGACAUCGCCUUGCUGUUGUUGAACUCACAGAUCACGUUCAAUGACCUAAAAAAACCCAUCUGCAUGCCCAGGCAGCCUAGCCCCUCCACGUGGAGUGAAUGUUGGGUGGCAGGAUGGGGACAGACCGAACCUGAUGACAAAAACUCAAUGGGAAGUGACCUGAUGAAGGUGCCAAUGAUCAUCAUGGAUUGGCAGAACUGUUCCAAGGUGUUUCCAAACCUUACCAAAAACAUGCUGUGUGCUGGAUAUGAGAAUGAGAACUACGAUGCUUGCCAGGGUGACAGCGGGGGGCCUCUCGUCUGCACCACAGAAUCUGACAAGAAGUGGUUCCAGGUGGGCAUCGUCAGCUGGGGAAGGGGCUGUGGCAUGAAGAACACUCCGGGAGUCUAUACCUUGUUAGAAAAUUAUAGCCCCUGGAUCAAGAAGGUGACUGAGGUGCAGGGAAGGCCCUAUAAUUCUCAGAUAAUGAGAGCUCCUUCCAUGCAGAAACCAAAGGGGUCUCAGGCCCCAAAAUUCCCAGAGCCAGGCGGCCCCAGGCUCUGGUUCCUGCUCUGCCUUCUGCCCUACAUGCUGUUCCAAGCCAUUUUCUACUGGUAA